ACUGUAAUGGAAAAAUUGUACUUUAAUGCUCUUGUGUUCAUUUCUGACUCUGUACAAUUACCAUGCAUUCUGUACUUGUUGAUUAGACCCAGAACUGAACAUUAUUAGACAAACAAUCUAUCUCCCUCUCAAGGUUCUGUCGCACAUUAAGUGCUGACAUCUAAUGUUGUGUUUGACUGACCGAUUGUUUAUGGCUUGUGUCUGCCUUUUACCCCUGGUCUCUGGCUCCUUUCUAUCUGAUGCCCCACCAGACCCAAGGCUGUAGACCUUGUGUAUUCCCUGUGUAAUGUAAACAUCUUCACCCACAGUGUGAUAGGAAGAUUCCACCAGGUCCUGGGAGAGAGGUUAAAAGGCAGAGACAACCUCAGAACGGUGGGCUCUUUGCAUUAUACCUCCGUGGUGUGUGCACUGAUCUCCCCAGCUGGUUUUUGGUUUGUUGAUGUGCACGAUCAACAUCCAUGCUUUUUAUUUGCUUUCCCCAUUAUUUUUAUUUUCUUUAUUAUUUCAAUAAAUCGCACAAAAGGACAACUCUCUCAUCUACUUCUUUAUGGAAAAUUUCCACCACAGAAAUUGGCGUCUACGAACAGGAUCCCGCUGCAGGUCGUCUGGACGGUGUGACCAGGGACGAUAGUCCUGAGGACUAGGGUCGCUCAGCCUCCAAACCUCUACAGCUGUUCUGAGUGGGAGGACUGCUCACCCGUCUGGAUCGCCUCUGACGAGAUCCAACGAACUCAAAAUCCAACGAACACAAAAUCCAACCUCUACUCGGCCCGGUGAGAGAGAUUCCGUUUUGUUGCGACUUGUUGAAGAGAAAAAAAAAAGAAAAAAAAGAAACGGGUUUGAAAUUGGUUUCAGUUAUUCGGGGUUACUUGGCUCUGAUCAUUUGGUUUAGGGAAAGUAAGGCAAAUAACAAUUAAUUCUAAGCAUCCCCUACUAGACUAAAACAAACAACGACAAAAGAAAAAAUAUAACUAGGACUAGAGAUAAUAAUAUUUCUAAAACGACUAUUUGGCUGAAAACAUCCAAAAAUAAUAUAUAUUUUUUUUUAAUUUUUAAAUUCAAUAUUCGGGUAAAAUUAAUUAGGUCAAAGUCUGCCCUGGUGGUCGAGACGGUGGUUGCUAAGGGUUGGCUCGUGGGACCGAGCUUGUUUUGUCUGUACUGAGGAUACAGACCAGUGUGCAGAUCUGAGCGCAGUCCAAAGGGUGUGGACAAGGAAAUAAAAGACGGCUUCUGAAAUACGGAGCGCGUUUGCAGGGGGAAGUGGUUUUGAGAUACGAGGGACCCGGGUCUUGGAGGGGCCUGACGGUGAGGGACCACUUCCGAGAACCCUGUCGCUGAUCUGAGCGGUUCCCUUUCUACGGAGACGUCCGUGGAAGAGAAAUUUCGAAAAAAGGUUCCGGCCGGAACACAAAAAAGUCUAAGGCAGAAAACCGCCGGGACUCUGAAAGAUGGGUUCGGGGCGAUCUAAGUCUCCACCACCAGACUGCAGCAUUACAAAAGUAAAGGUAAUUAAAAGUAAAAAGUAAAUAUGGUUAUUAGUGCGUUUCAUGUUUCCAUGAGUGGAAAACUGGUUAUGGGUUCAAAAGGAGAAUCACUUAGUGUAAAAGACAUAUGCACCUUUAAAAGAAAAGUUAGAUACAAAAGAUGAGAUUUGAAAAAGCAAAACUAUCAAAACUAAAGCCCCUGAAAGAAACAAAAGAGUGAUGAGAGUAACAGAAACAAAGGAGAUAACAACUCUGGGGAAGAAUUGUUUGCACUCGCCACACACACACACACACCACACACACAUAUCAUGUCAAGAGCAAAUGCUCCCAUUCUUUCUGCUCUCUAUUCUAAUGCAGAACUGAGCGCGAUGAGGGUAAAUCCGGAUCUGGACUCCUUUCCCACCAUCAGCAGAAGAACCAAAGGAGAAGAAGCGCCAACCAACAACCAGAACAGGGUGGAAGCUCUGACACCAUAGCAGCUGGAGGACACAGACCCCAGCAUGGACGCCUCACAGACUCCCACAACGUCUGCAGCCGUCACGUUCUGGGCUCAUCAGAUGAAUCAGCUACUACAAGCCCUGCACCAGCAUGAAACGACUGUGUCUGAAGCUUCAGAGGCCGUGAAACAGUCUUACAAGCGUGUGUGUCUGACAGACACCUGCUUAUGACAAUCAGCAAAGGAAAACAAGGACAGAGCAACAGCAGAGAAGACGUGCUCUGACACAGACACUGGUUGAAACAACAGGAGAGGCUUCAGACGUGAUCGGCCCAAAAGAGCUGCAUGCGAGGAUCCAGGAAAGGUCUGUCAUCGAGGAACAACUGUCCCAUCGAAAGGCUUCACCCACUGGCGCUCACAUCAGACUGAUGGUUGGGGAAGGAGGAAGGUGAUGGUUCCUUUUCACGUGACGUAAAAGACGGUACCGCAAACACACACACACAUUCAUACACGCAAUGAAGAAACACGCUUACAGCUGAUACACGCUCAAAUUCAUGUUCAUGCUUAUCUGCUCGCAAUGAAGAAUCGCUUUCUGCUCAAAAAAAAUCCCACAGAGUGAUUUUAAGAUGAUGACAAACAGCUAAAUGACAACUGCUGCAUGACUUUACAGUCUGAUGGGUUUAAACUAUUUCAAUUUACAACAACUUCAGUAAUAAAAUCCUCCAUGUUUCUAAAAAGAUCUGUGCACAAUAUAGGUUUGUCUGGCCAGACUAUAGGAAAACAAAAACAAAACCAUAGGAAGACUGAAACUGACUGAAACAGACUAUCAAUGACUAUUAAAGGGAAGACGACUAUUAGAGAGAACAAAUAAUAAUUACUGUACGUACCAGACAAUAAAAGAAAAACUUACUGUGCCUCUGUCUUGCACGACAUCAGACGGCAAGACACUCAAACAUUCAUUUUUGCUUUCAAACUUAUGCCCAGUUAAUUUAUUAGGAAGAGAUCUCAUGUGUAGUUUAGGUAUUUCACUGAUUUCCACUCCGGAGGGAGUGCAGGUCACAACCACGGACAAUGUGAAUAAUUAUUCCUUUGUUUGUGUUAAUUUCAGCUCAGAGCCGCUGCUCUACUCUUAUCAGUGGCUGCUGAAGGGAGAGGCCGUAACUGAGGCCCUCAUACAGGCUGCUCGACAGCUUGUUUCCUCACAGAAUACGACCUUUAGAGACGCAUCUGACCUGUCUUGUACAGCACAUGUGUCCACUGGUCCUGAUGAGGAGUUUGAAAAAUCAUGGUUACGCACACAUGCGGACAAACUGACCUCAACCUCUCUUUUUUGGGAUGAACACAGGUCUGCGCUUGCGAUUUCUCUCACUAACGAACAAGAGAGAUUUGUUGAUGCUUAUUCUACAGAUCCACAUGUCCUUCUGUCAAAACAUGACGGAGACAGAUGGCAGGACUUGGGUCCUUUCGUGGACAGAUGUCAACGGGAAGGAGACUGGCAAACGACGUCCGACCCGAAUGUGAUGUAUUCACCUACUUUGCAUGCUUACAAAAAACUUUUUCAGUCUAACUUUCAUGCGCAGCGUACAGUGCACUUGGUACCUCAACAUUCCACACACACUCCACACCACGUGUUUUUGUCGGAGGACGCUCUGACGCAGUAUCCAGCCUUACAGGAAGUUCCAGCUUCCCUGUGGGCCACACACAAAUAUGAUGUAGGUUUGAUCAAAGGAUGUGACCCAGUGGUCAUCACGCCAAAAUCUGACUACAGACCAUGCAAACAGCAAUACCCUUUAAAGAGAGAAGCAAUUGAAGGAAUAACACCGGUGUUUAACUCUCUUUUGAAAGCAGGAGUCAUCGUCCCAUGUGACAACUCUCCAGUGAGGACUCCACUCUUCCCAGUUAAGAAAAUCAGAGACAAAGGACAGCCAACAGAAUGGAGGUUUGUCCAGGAUCUGCAAGCAGUAAAUGCGGCGGUCCAACCACGCGCGCCUACGGCACCGCCCUGCUGCAGUACGUUGACGACUUGAUGAUCUGCAGUGAGGAUCAGGAAACUUGCGCAGCAGAUACGAUCAAGCUGCUGAAACACCUGCAUGCUGCUGGACACAAAGCAAGUCUGUCUAAAUUACAGUUUGUUCAGACUGAAGUUACCUUCCUAGGUCACAUCAUUACCGCGGAAGGAAAAUCCAUUUCACCUAAAAGAGCUGAAGCUAUUCAGAACCUGCCUAAACCGUGCACAUACAAACAGCUUAUGUCCUUUUUAGGCAUGUGCUCUUAUUGCAGGAAUUUCAUUCCUAACUGCGCCGUCUUGGAGGCUCCGCUUAGAGCUCUGAUGCAGACGUCUUCUGCAUCCACCACCCGCCUCACGUGGACAUCUGAGGCUGAACAGGCGUUCACCGACCUCAAACUACCUCUUCAGUCGGCUCCUACUUUGGAUCUGCCUGACCCUACGCGACCUUUCACCCAAACAGUGGAUGAGAAAUCAGGUUGUAUGACCUCUGUCCUUCUACAGGAUCACGGAGGGCGUCCGC